CUUCGCGACACUCCUACCACCAUACACCACACAGGAUCUGUACCAGCCCUUUACAUCAAAGCUACAGUCGAUUUCCUCCACUCUCCCGCGCCGCGUCAUAAAUCUAAAGAUCGGAACGGUAGUGUACAUACUAUACAAGACCUACCUAGACAACUCGUCCACCGCCUAACAACACCACAUCCACCCUCUGAGCUUGACCCCAGCAUGACUUCCUCACAGUCACAACCGACGCUGUCGGCUAACUACACGUCCACUGGGAAUGCCUCAUUCACCAUACACCAUCCCCUGACGGCCCCGCCAAGUAGCACAACUGUCGAAAACAAAAUCGCAUCCCUUGCCGAGCUCCGACGGUCCAUAAUCGUUCUGCAAAACCAGAUCAACCAGGAGUUGACGGCCCGGAUGGAGGAAGACCAGGCGCGAAAUUCGAGCGCCACAAAGGCCAACGGGGUCAAGAAGAUUAUCGAUGACGAGAAGGAAGAGGAGAACUACGGGGAGGAAGUGCAGGACGAAGAACAGCAAUAAGCAUCGGAGCGGUAAUGCU